AUGGAUGCUGCUGCUGAGAAGGAGUUGGAGAAGCAUGUGUUGAAACAACAGGCUUGGGAUACAUUGCCAUCACAUGCAAAGGCAAUACUGGAGAACUCACCAACCAAGUGGAAACACUUCAUCAUCAAGUUCAGUAUAAAGCAUCAACUACGUUGGAAGACAAACAUAAUCAGAGACUAUGUACAAGAUGAGCGUAUCUAUUAUCAAGAGAUAAUAAGAUUAUCUAUUACCAACCUUGUAUUAUACCCAUAUCAUAUAGCCGAUAAACUUGUUGGCAUGCUCAAUGUCACUGCAUUCAAAUACUACUCAAUCAUGAUGUCUGAGAUCAUGGCCAAUGCCAAGUCCUACGAUGAACUACCAAACUUUACUGCAGUGGAUUGUCUCAGAGUAUUGGGAAUUGGAAGGAAUCAGUAUAUCAAUCUUAUGAACAAGUAUAGAUCAAAGGGAUUCUUAUUCAAGAAGAAGAAGGAUGUGAUAAAGAGUCUGCUACCAAGCAACUCAGUGGAAAAGGCAUUGGACUAUUGGUGGAUGCUCAAUCGUGGUUGCAACUCAGCUGACGACGAGAGGAGCUGCACAGCAGAGGAACUGGCCAUUUUGGAGGAGUUGGAAAGCUCGCCCAAGCAAGCUGGAAUCUUUGAUCGUGAUGCUGCUCUCUCCCUGCUCACACGUGGACUCAUCUUUGUCGACAUUCCAAUCUCCGACACGGAUACUAUUGCCGUGCCACCUCUGGAAGGAUUCGUGAUGAAUAGAGUGUCUGGCGACUACUUUGAGAGUCUACUCUACAAGAUAUUCGUGUCGAUCGAUGAGAGGACCACUGUACAAACACUGGCAGAGCUACUUCAAAUCGAUGUCGAGCUCGUCAAACAAGCCGCAUCACUCUACUGUCGACUGGGAUUCGCCAAAAAGAAGAACCUUGAGCCACUCAUCAACUCUCCAACCAAUCCAUCACUGGCUGCCAUUCAGACGACUGGCGAUCAAUCAACCGCUAGCACAACGACAGACUCGUCAUCGACAGACAGCACUGCAGUGAUAAGGAUUGGACUGAUAUUCGACUCAUCAAUCACGGCAUUUCUGAUGAUGGGCAACCUUGGCUAUGGACUCAAGAAUCAUGCUGUGACAAUGUUUGAGGUUGGCAAGCUGUCCAAUGAGGCACUCGACGACUUCCUUGGAGAGUUGGACAAGAUUGACACGACAGAGUUUGUUGAACUCGAGGCCAAGAGAUAUGCUGCGUCGGCCAUCGCACUGAGGGACACGAUCAAAUUCCUCAGAUACAACGAGAAGAUACCAAGCACACAGCAUGGCCUCGAUCUACUGAGUUGUGAGCGAAUGAACAGUUUGGAAGAGGCAACGAGGAUACGUGUUCUGAGCAAGAACUACUCGGUGCUUAUAUCAAUGUCCCCAUUCGCCACGGACAGUUGUCCAGUGAUCAGUUGUGCUCCGCCACACUUUGGACCAGCGAUCUACGAGAUCCACAGUCUCUGGUUCAAGUUGUACCUCUACAACAUCGUUGGCGCCGGACCCAACUCUGUCCUGCUGGCCAAGGGUCAUCGACUCAAGAAGAUCCCGGCAGUGUUUAGAGAGUGCGAGAAAGUCCGAGUGUGCUCGUUGGAUCAUGAAUCAAUCAAUGUGAACCUUUCCCAGCUUCUUCCAACAGUCAACGAAACUCUACUAUCAUCGCCAGUGUUGGUACAGGCAUUCUCCUACGUGCGCUUUGAUAACAGUGGUAACAAUCGAUCGCGUUCCACACAUGGCGAACAUCAAACGAUCAGAGAACAACAGACGGUAAUUGACGUGCCAUUCCCACUCGACCCGAUCGAUGAUAGUGCCGUGCCCCCAUCAACCGAGUCAGAAUACACCGCCGACAACAUGCACCUUCACCCGCUGGUCAGACGCAUCGAGUCGUUGCUGAACCUGUCGCACAGCAUCGGCUACAUAUCGAUGCUGAGGAAGGAUGUCCAGAUACCCGACGAGAACACGAUCCAGACGACAUGGAUCCCUUACAACGUAUACUUUGGCGUGCCGAUAUUUGAUGGAACGCUCAACAGACAGGUGUGCGACAAGAUCGAGCGAUACAACCUUUUGAACGAAGAGAACACCGACGCGCACAACAGUGCCAGCAGGAUGCUGUCACUCAACAUUCUUCGCUUCAUCUCCAGCACCUGUCCGCCUGUGCAUCCCGACCUGGACAUCAUCGAUCAGACACGCAUCAACACGACCCUGCCAUCGACUCAGAACAUCCCACUGCCGACACAGAACCUAUCCUUUGUCAAUGGCGUAUUGGACCUAUAA